GUUUCUCACAUUGUUAUCUAUAUUCCUGCAGAAAAGUGAGACACCUCAGCUGUGCCCCAUGUGCCAGACGUCCCAUCAGUUGUCAGACAUGGUAGAAAAUAAAAACGAUGAGGGCAGGUUGGAUUUCUUCUGUAGCAGCAGGUGUCUGAUGGUACACAAGGCUCAGUCUUCCACCGUGUCAGGAAAGAACAGCCCAACACCUGAUGCAUCCUCAGUUGAAGAGAUAAACAUUAAAGAAGUGAAGCCAUUGCUUGAAGAGAACGACAUUAAAGAAGUGAAGCCAUUGCUUGAAGAGAGUGACAUUAAAGAAGUGAAGCCAUUGCUUGAAGAGAACGACAUUAAAGAAGUGAAGCCAUUACUUGAAGAGAACGACAUCAAAGAAGUGAAGCCAUCGCUACCAUAUUUGGACUGUAUUAAAGAAGAGCCCAUCGAUGAGGAGUACAACCAGAAUCUCCCAUCCUCCAUUUCCACAGAUGACAUCAAGGAUGAGCCUAAGGCAGGAGAUGUGACCAAGGUGGACUUGCAGAUCGGUUCAGUCUUUUCUUUGACAGAAGACUCGUCAACGGCCACAACACCAGCGCCCAGUCUCACCCACAUGGAUUUGCCUGCGUCAUGCUCCAACUGCAAACAGGUCCUGAUAGAUGGAGAGACUGUUUAUCAGAGGAAGGGCCACGCUGACAUCUUCUGCUCCUCUUCCUGCCUUUUGAAAUUUUACCAAAUGAAGCAAGUUAAGAAGACGUGCCACUUCUGCCUUCAAGGGAUAGCACAGCGUCAGGACAUCCUCCAGGCCCCAGUGGAUAAUGAUGGGACGAAGAAGGAUUUCUGUAGCCAGACCUGCCUGUCUUCCUUCAACUACAAGAAAAUCAUGUCAACCAAAAUACCCCUCGUACCACUCGCGUCACAUUCACAAUGCAGCAUGUGCAGCAGAUAUUGCAUUAGCAAACAUGAGAUCAUAAGACAUGAUGUCGUCCACAAGAUCUGCAGCGACACCUGUUUUCUCCGCUUCUGCAACAUAAACAACUUGUCCAUCUGUGAGAACUGUCACUCCAGCUGCAGCAAACCUCUCAUGCUCAGUACGGAGGACGGUAACAAAAAACUCUGCGAUGCAGAGUGUCUGGCUCAAUUCAAGCAGAAAAUCAAAACCCAGCAGCCGUGUUCCAUGUGCCAGAGCUCCCAUUUAAUGUCAGAUAUGUUUGAAAACAAAAACAGUGAGGACGUAGUGGAGCUCUUCUGUACCUACAGCUGUGUGAUGGCAUCCAAGAUCCAGGCUGUCAGCGCAUCAGGUAUUCCACUGAAUUGUGACCACUGUGGUAAGACUACACUACCAGCCUGCCACCUCGCCAUGUCGGAUUUUUCCGUCAAAAACUUUUGCACUCUAACCUGUGCUAUGUCUUUUAAGGAGAGCCAAAAUGACCUGACGGCUAACUCAACAGGAGCUGCUGACCAAACCCAGAUUGAUUACCACAAACCACCAGAAAAGCUGCCAUGUGCCCAGUGUCGCCGCAUCAUAAAAGCUACACCCAAAGUCAUCCAAAAGAAGGGCAAAAUGAAUUUUGUGUGUAGCCUUGCCUGUUCUCAAGAGUUCAAGAGGGUCAACAACAUCAUGGGCAAGUGUGAAUACUGUAAGAAUGAGAGGAUCAUCACAAACGUCAAGAAGGUUGACAGCAAAGACUGCUACUUCUGCAGUGACGGCUGUCUGAGGCUCUUCCAACAUGAGCUGGAGAAGAAGUGGGGCGAACACUGCGCCUCGUGUGCUUACUGCUUCUCCAUCUCUAAGACACUGGUGACAGCAAAGUAUGAAGGCAUUGACGAGGAAUUCUGCUCCGAAGAGUGCAGCUCAAAUUAUAACAUGCUCCUCUGUCGUGUUGCCAACUGUGACACCUGUGGUCGUAACGGUAAACUGCGGCAGAGUCUUCCCAUGAUAGGAGAGGUCAAACACUUCUGUGACCUGAGAUGUCUCCUGCAUUUCUGCAAUAGAAAGGUCCAGAUGGUCAACAAAGUCUCUUCACCUCCCAGAUCUACAGGCACAGUGGAGUCCUCCCCCGUCAUUGCUAAUGUGAUCUCGCUUGCUGGUGCUUUGGCCAGGCAGUCCAGUGCCUCUUCCAGCUCUGCACAGACUGUCUCUGUCCCUGACAUUCAAACAAAGGUUGUUGGACAUGCCAGUAUUCAAACCAUCCCCACAGAGCUGAAGAACAAGUCCAUGCUCUGCACACCGUUGGUCCACAACAAAGGAGUCUCCUGUACCAUUCGGACUGUAGACUCAGCGGUACAGACAGACAACGUCGGACCCAAUGUCGUACCCCUGCCUGUCCCGGUGCCAGUGUACGUUCCUCUGCCGAUGAACAUGUACAGCCAGUACACGCCAAAGCCCAUGGGCCUGCCCUUACCGCUUCCUGUGCCCAUAUUUCUUCCUGACCCAGUGAGAAAAACUAUGAAGGAGAAGAUCCAGCCUGACCUGUUGGAGGGAGAGCUCAACUUGAAGUCUGAGAGAAAGAAAGUGCAAGAUGAAAGAAACGAGAGAAAGGACAGAGUGGUGACAGAAGAGGCCUUAGACAGACAGGAAACUCACUCUCCAAAGGAUCACACCAGUAACUGUCGUGAUGACUUAAAUUCAGAUCAUCAGGCCACUUUACACAACAAGGAAGACUCCUCCUCUGACAGCAGCUGUGGGUCACUCAGUCGACCGUACAUCCAUGAAAAACCCCCUCAGGUUUUAGAAGUGGGAAUGAUCAGCAAGCCUCAACCUGAGCUCCAACUUCCAGCGCCUCCUCCUCCUCCUCCUCCUCCUCCAGAGAUGAGAGAGGAUCUCCAGAGCUCACCAAGCCCUGAACUGGCCUCUCCGCUAUCACAACAGAGUGUGGGGAAAGUCCACAACAAGAACAAGGGUCGUAAAAUGCAACAGUUAUCCAAAGCAGUGAAACAGGAGACAUCUCAAAGAGACUCCUCCAAGGUCAUAUCGAAGAAGCACCACAAACUGAAGAGCCAGUGUGGAAUUGACGCCUGGAAGAGAUGGAUACAGUGGAGAGAAUCACAAACUAACCUGGACCUCGUUUCAUCUCAUGCUGUGACAUUAAAGGAGGAUGUUCUACGCUGCUCAUCAGCCGAGCUGAGCAGCAGCCUCUGUUAUUUUAUUACUGAGGUGAAACGACAGGAUGGAGAGCCGUACUCCCCCGACAGCCUGUUCUACCUCUGUCUCGGCAUACAACAGUACCUUUUUGACAACGGUCGUAUGGAGAACAUAUUCAGUGAUUUGAUCUACGCGAAGUUCUCCAAGAAGUUCACCAAGAUCUUGAAAGGUUUCAAACCCAAAAUCACAGCCAGUGGCAAUAUCCAUUCCUGCGUGGAGGAGGAGUAUCUUUGGGACUGUAAACAGUUGGGGGCGUACUCCCCCAUCGUCCUCCUCAACACUCUGCUCUUCUUCUGCUGCAAGUACUUAGGCUUCACCACAGUGGAGCAGCUCCGCCAGCUGUCCUUCACCCACAUCAAGCACUGCACCAGAACCGACCAGAACAACACAGAGACCAACUUCCUGCGCUUUUGUCCCCCUACAUCCAUAAACAAAGCAGAGUCAGAUGCCGAUGGCGUCCCAGCUAAGAAGCGUAAGAAAACUGAGAGUAAAGAGGGUGUCAUAGAGAUGAUGGAGAACACAGAGAACCCUCUCCGCUGUCCAGUCAGACUCUACGAGUUUUACCUCUCCAAGUGCUCGGAGUCGGUGAGGCAGCGAACCGACUUGUUCUACCUCUGCCCAGAUCGCUCUUGUGUUCCCAGCAGCUCUCUGUGGUUCUCCUCCACCCCUCUGGACGACAGCACCAUGGAGGCCAUGCUUGUACGAAUCCUUGCUGUCCGAAAGCUACGGGGAGGAGAUGGAGGGGCUGCAGUUCAGCAGACGCCAAGUGACACACCGUUUAUACCGGGCGAGGAGGAUUCAGAAGGAUGAACAGCUAUCGUCAUUAUUUUGUUGUUUUUGAAGAACUCUGUUUAAAUUUUGAAAACUUAAGAGAAACACAUUCCAUCAAACAGAAAUAUAAACUACAAACAUGACUUUUCUUGAUGGGAUCACCUGCAGGUUAGAUUAAGAUUAGUUAAUACUGAAAGAUCACAUCCAUGUUUUGUGAUUGCUUUUAUUUCUCUGCAGCCUGAAAAACUCUACCACCAGCCUUUAUUUCAAACCAUUUCAAAUGUUUGGACAUGAACUGUUACUGUUGCACAGUUUAGCUGCUGUUUCAGGAGUUUGGUUUCACAGAGAUAGACUUUGACUAUGGCUUAGAUCAAACUAAAAGUCUUAUGAUAGAUCUUGAAAUUCAUCUGUAGCACAAAGGCUCUGUAGUUCUUCAUUAGGGCUAAUAUGCGUAAUUAGUGUUUAAUUUGAAGCUGAAAAACAGGACUGACCAAGCGCCUGCAUCAAACAGCUCUGCUCCCUUCACUCCAGCAGCUUUCUGUAAGCUUAGUGAAUAGUCUCAGUCUGAGUUCUGAGCCAUGUUAAAAUAUUUCUGUGAAACCAGCCUCUGAUGUCUUUCAACUGUCAAAGGUAAAGAAAGAAAUAGUUUACUGCUAUAACCUGAUGAUAUAUACUGUUUGUCCAGUCUGUUUGCCUUUUUGAGCUGGCUGAAUAUUGAUGCUUUCAGCUCUGACUUGAUUUUUAGUUAUU